CUGUGGCCGCUUCCCUUCUCCCCGUGUGCAGAGGAGGCUGUGAGAGCCGCAUAGAUGUUGGAUUACUCGGGGGCCGGGAGUCGGGAGCAGUGGAUUAAACCUGGCAGAGCAGUGCCCGAGCCUGGCAGCUGCUGACCCGCCGAGCUGGCAAUGCCGAGGUUCUGAACGUAUCGCAUUCACAGUUGCAGACUGCACUCGCUCGAAGCAGCUUGUAAGCCAGUGAGAACGAGGCUGCCAAAGAAUGCUGUUGCCAAGCUGUCGAACGAUGCCCACAGUCAGACCACUGGUGGUGCUCCUGUGCUUCUUGCUAUGUGCUGAUGCUGAGACACCACCAAAGUUUACAAGAACUCCCAUUGAUCAGACCGGAGUCUCAGGAGGGGUUGCGUCAUUCAUCUGCCAAACCACAGGAGACCCCAGGCCCAAAAUUGUAUGGUCUAAAAAGGGAAAGAAAGUCAGCUCUCAGCGAUUUGAGGUAAUAGAAUUUGACGAUGGGUCUGGAUCUGUCCUCAGAAUACAACCGUUGCGGACGCCACGCGAUGAGGCUCUCUAUGAAUGUGUGGCCUCCAACAGCGUUGGGGAAAUAAGCUCAACAACCAGACUUAACGUGUUACGUGAGGACCAACUUCCCAUGGGUUUCCCCACAAUAGACAUGGGUCCUCAGCUGAAGGUGGUGGAGAGAACGCGCACAGCCACCAUGUUGUGUGCAGCCAGUGGCAACCCAGAUCCAGAAAUCACCUGGUUCAAAGACUUUUUACCUGUAGACACAAGCAACAAUAAUGGGCGCAUCAAACAGCUACGGUCAGGUAGGGUCUUGUGCCUCCAAAUAGAGAACAGCGAAGAGUCCGACCAAGGGAAAUAUGAAUGUGUGGCAACCAACAGUGCUGGUACCCGUUAUUCUGCCCCUGCCAAUCUAUAUGUGAGAGAGCUGCGAGAAGUCCGCCGUGUCGCACCAAGAUUCUCUAUCCCCCCAACGAGCCACGAGAUCAUGCCUGGUGGAAGCGUCAACAUCACUUGUGUUGCUGUGGGUUCCCCAAUGCCGUAUGUGAAAUGGAUGCUUGGGGCAGAAGACUUGACUCCUGAAGAUGACAUGCCGAUUGGAAGAAAUGUUCUGGAGCUCAACAAUGUCAGAGAGUCUGCAAACUAUACUUGUGUUGCCAUGUCAACACUUGGAGUCAUAGAAGCAAUUUCUCAAGUCACUGUUAAAGCUUUACCCAAACCCCCAGGAACCCCUAUUGUGACUGAAACAACAGCAACUAGUGUCACAUUGACUUGGGACUCAGGAAACCCAGAGCCCAUUGCACACUAUAUAGUUCAACACAGACCUAAACAAAUAGAAGGUCAAUAUCAAGAGAUCGACGGGGUAGCCACCACGCGGUACAGUGUUGGAGGACUAAGCCCUUAUUCGGAUUAUGAAUUCAGAGUGGUUGCAGUGAACAACAUUGGGCGAGGGCCGCCAAGUGAGCCAGUGGAUACACGAACUGGAGAGCAGGCACCCUCCAGCCCACCCCUCUCUGUGCUGGCUCGCAUGCUGAGCACCACCACCAUGCUGAUUCAAUGGCAGGAGCCAGAGGAGGCAAACGGUCAGAUCCGUGGUUACAGGGUGUAUUAUACCAUGGAUCCGGAGCAGCAUGUGAAUAACUGGCAGAAACACAAUGUGGAUGACAGCAUGCUGACCACCAUCGCCAAUCUGAUCCCAGAGGCCACUUACACUGUUCGAGUACUAGCUUUUACUUCUGUUGGUGACGGACCACACUCACCUGAAAUACAGGUUAAAACCCAGCAAGGAGUCCCAAGCCAGCCAAAUAACUUCAAGGCUGAACCGAAGUCAGACACAGGCAUCAAUCUGUCCUGGACACCACCGCGCCAGGACACCAUUAUCAUAUAUGAGCUGUACUACACAGAAGGGGAGCAUGGCAGAGAGCAAUUUGUCACAUUUGAGCCAAAGACAUCGUACCUAUUAGAAGACUUGAAACCAAACACCAAGUACUACUUCCGUCUGGCUGCCCGCUCUGAGCAUGGCCUGGGUGCCUCGACUGCACAGAUUUCAGCCCAGACCAUGGAGACUAAGCCAUCAGCCCCACCUCAGGACAUCAGGUGUACGAGCCCAAGCUCCACCAGUAUUUUGGUAAGUUGGCUGCCCCCACCAGCAGAAAACCAGAACGGCAUCAUCACCAAAUACUCCAUUAAAUAUAUGGUGACUGACGGAGAGGACACCUCGGCUGAAGAGAUGGUAGCCAUUGCGCCAGACACGACACAACGCUUGCUGGAACAUUUGGAGAAGUGGACUGAGUACCGUCUCACUAUGAUCGCCCACACCGAGGUCGGGCCCGGCCCAGAGAGCUCUCCCAUACUGAUCCGCACAGACGAGGAUGUUCCUAGUGGUCCUCCUCGCAAAGUCGAGGUAGAGGCUUUGAACUCAACAGCUAUUAAAGUGUCGUGGCGCUCGCCUGUUCCAAAUAAGCAGCAUGGACAAAUCCGAGGCUAUCAAGUGCAUUACGUGAGGAUGGAGAACGGAGAGCCCAGAGGACAGCCCAUGCUCAAGGACGUCAUGCUGGCAGAUGCACAGUGGGAAACUGAUGACUCUGCCGAACAUGAGAUGAUCAUUCUCAGGCUUCUGCCUGAAACAACCUACUCUGUCACUGUGACAGCUUACACAACAAAAGGAGACGGAGCUCGCAGCAGAGCCAAGUUUGUGGCAACCACUGGUGCAGUUCCUGGAAGACCUCGUCUGCUGGUUAGUCACACACAGAUGAACACCGCCCUGAUUCAGUGGCACCCUCCCGUGGAGACCUUCGGACCACUUCUGGGCUAUCGUUUAAAAUUCGGACGCAAAGACGCUGAACUUUUAACAACGCUGGAAUUUUCAAAGAAUGACGACCAUUAUACAGCCACUGACAUCCACAAGGGCACCUCUUAUGUCUUCAAACUCUCCGCAAAAAACCGAGUUGGCUUUGGAGAAGAGAUUGUGAAAGAAAUCACAAUACUCGAAGAUAAGCCAAGUGGAUUCCCCCAAAACCCACGGGCUGACAGCACCACAGCAAGAAAUAUUGAGCUGAGCUGGCAGCCACCGGUCUUAGCAGAACGCAAUGGCAUUAUUACCAAAUAUACCGUUCUGUACAGAGAUAUCAACAGCCCAAAUAACCCAAUAGAGCUCUCCGUGGCUUCUCCUGACACAAAGCUGAUGCUCUCCAAUCUAAUUCCAGACACCACAUAUGAUAUCAAAGUUCAAGCUCAUACAAGUAAAGGUCCCGGUCCAUAUAGUCCUAGUGUUCAAUUCCGGACACUGCCACAGGAUCCAGCAGUGUUUGCAAAAAAUUUCCAUGUAAAAGCUCUAAUGAAGACUUCCGUACUGUUGACGUGGGAGAUUCCCGAGAACUAUAACACUGCCAUUCCUUUCAAAAUCAUCUAUAAUAAUGACCACAUUGAAGUGGAUGGGAGAGCCACGCAGAAGCUGAUCACCAACUUGAGACCGGACACAUCGUACUCAUUUGUCUUGACUAAUCGAGGGAAUAGUGCAGGUGGACUACAACAAGUGGUCUCAGCGCACACCGCGCCAGAUAUGCUCCGCACCAAGCCCGUCUUCAUUGAGAAAACCAAUUUGGAUGGAAUGCUGACUGUGGAGCUGACCGCAGUGCCACCUACACAAGCCGCAGUGAAAGGAUAUUAUAUUGUAGUUGUGCCUUUGAAGAAAGCACGUGGAAAGUUUCUUAAGCUCUGGGAGAGUCCCGAUGAGAUGGAUUUGGAGGAGCUACUUAAAGAAAUCUCCAGGAAACGAAGAAGCCUCCAACGUCUGCGGAGGCACGCAGACCUGUCAAAACCAUAUAUUGCAGCUUUGUUUGAUGUUCUUCCGCAAAAAUUCACCCUCGGUGAUCAGAAGUUUUACAGUGGAUUUGAGAAUAGGCGACUCCAAAGUGGCCAGGAAUAUGUUUUCUUUAUCUUAGCUGUGCUUGACAGCCCGGAAUCUAUGAUGUAUGCGACGAGUCCUUAUUCUGACACGGUGGUAUCCGCAGACCUUGAUCCUCAGCCUGCCUCUGAUGAAGAAGAAGGGUUGAUAUGGGUGGUCGGCCCUGUUUUGGCUGUGGUGUUCAUCAUAUGCAUUGUCAUUGCUAUUCUCCUAUACAAGAGGAAACGGACAGAGUCUGACUCGAGAAAAAGCAGCAUACCAAACAGCAAGGAAUUACCUUCACAUCAUCCCACAGACCCAGUCGAGCUGAGACGUCUCAAUUUCCAGACCCCAGGUUCAGGUGUCUCCAGUCACCAUGGUAACCUCCAUUCUGCAAGCAUGGCUAGCCACCCGCCAAUCCCUAUUUCAGAGCUUGCUGAUCACAUCGAGAGGUUGAAAGCCAAUGACAACUUAAAGUUUUCACAAGAAUAUGAGUCAAUUGAUCCUGGCCAGCAGUUUACAUGGGAACACUCAAACAUGGAGGUGAACAAACCAAAGAAUAGAUAUGCAAAUGUCAUUGCAUAUGACCAUUCCCGGGUGCUGCUGUCAGCAAUUGAUGGCAUACCAGGGAGCGAUUAUUCUAAUUCCAACUACAUUGACGGGUACAGAAAGCAGAAUGCGUACAUCGCAACGCAAGGCGCUCUGCCCGAGACAUUCGGAGACUUCUGGAGGAUGAUUUGGGAGCAGCGUAGUGCGAUCGUUGUCAUGAUGACUAAAUUAGAAGAGCGAUCCAGGGUGAAAUGUGACCAAUAUUGGCCUUCUAGAGGCACAGAGACUUUUGGAUUGAUCCAGGUCACAUUGCUGGAUACAGUGGAACUGGCAACCUACUGUGUUAGAACAUUUGCAUUAUACAAGAACGGCUCCAGUGAAAAGAGGGAAGUCCGACAGUUCCAGUUCACCGCGUGGCCUGACCAUGGCGUUCCAGAGCAUCCCACACCUUUCUUGGCCUUCUUGAGGCGAGUGAAAGCCUGUAAUCCUCCCGAUGCUGGGCCUAUGGUUGUACAUUGCAGUGCCGGAGUUGGAAGAACUGGGUGCUUCAUUGUAAUAGAUGCCAUGUUGGAGAGAAUAAAGCACGAGAAAACUGUAGAUAUUUAUGGUCACGUAACACUAAUGCGAUCACAGAGGAAUUACAUGGUUCAGACUGAGGACCAAUAUAUCUUUAUUCAUGAUGCACUGCAUGAAGCAGUGACUUGUGGAAAUACCGAAGUGCCAGCCAGAAACCUGUAUGCUUAUAUCCAGAAGCUGACACAAGUGGAGCCAGGAGAAAACGUCACAGGAAUGGAACUGGAAUUCAAGCAUCUAGCCAACACUAAAGCUCACACAUCAAGAUUCAUUAGUGCCAAUCUCCCAUGUAAUAAAUUCAAGAAUCGCCUUGUUAAUAUUAUGCCAUAUGAAUCCACAAGAGUAUGUCUACAGCCAAUCAGAGGAGUGGAGGGCUCAGACUAUAUUAAUGCCAGUUUUAUUGACGGAUAUAGACAACAGAAAGCCUACAUAGCCACGCAAGGACCCUUAGCAGAGACUACAGAAGAUUUCUGGCGAAUGCUGUGGGAACACAACUCUACAAUUGUGGUCAUGCUUACCAAGCUUCGAGAAAUGGGCAGAGAAAAGUGUCACCAGUACUGGCCCGCGGAGCGAUCGGCUCGGUAUCAGUAUUUUGUAGUGGACCCCAUGGCAGAAUACAAUAUGCCUCAGUACAUUCUCAGAGAGUUCAAGGUCACAGAUGCCAGAGAUGGCCAGUCGCGUACAGUAAGGCAGUUCCAGUUUACUGACUGGCCAGAGCAAGGAGUGCCAAAGUCUGGGGAAGGAUUUAUCGACUUCAUAGGCCAAGUGCAUAAGACAAAAGAGCAGUUUGGUCAGGACGGACCUAUCAGCGUUCACUGUAGUGCGGGCGUGGGGAGGACUGGUGUUUUCAUAACACUGAGUAUUGUGUUGGAAAGAAUGAGGUACGAGGGUGUCGUGGAUAUCUUCCAGACUGUCAAAAUGCUACGAACACAACGGCCAGCGAUGGUGCAGACAGAGGAUCAGUAUCAGUUCUGCUAUCGGGCUGCACUGGAGUACCUCGGAAGCUUCGAUCACUAUGCAACGUAAAACCUGAUUCACCUUGGAUUUAUAACAGGCCAUUUAAGAUCCAGAGAGCCUCUUCUGAGCCAUACAGUGUGCUUGAGAAGUACAACUUACUCCUAGCUAAAGAUAAAUUUGGGGGGGAGGGACGAGGGGAAAUUAAAAAAAAACUAUUCCAGGUGGACCAAGAAUUGGCAGUUUAAUAACCGAAUCUGAAAAUGGAGGCAAGACUCCUUUCCGAUAAAGGACCGGAAGGAUUUUUUCGGGUAACUCAUGGAUUCAACUUUGAUGACUGACUGAAGUGAAGCAAACGUACAUUGUAAAAACAUUAAUUGUGCAGAGGAUUUUCCGAGAACUCUGGAAGGUGGGAUUGCAAAGCUGAAUCUUGAGAGUACUGUACCUGGAAAGGAAAGAAGCUGUUAUAAAAGGCCAGUUCCUGACUUAUAAAACUAUUUGGAUAUGUUUGCUUCAACAUCACCCCUUUCCACCAUUCGCUCAUACUAAUUAUCAAGGGAGGGCGGGGAUGUUCAAAUUACUGAUUUAGUUUUUUAGUACUGUAAUAUACUGCUGACCUGUGCUUCAUUUUUAACUGUGUAAACUUUUUGCCCUUUUUUAACAAAAGUUUAUCAUUCGAUGAAGUGAAUUUAAAAAAAAGUUGCUUAUCUGUUCAUAAUUUCAUUUUGUUUUCUUUUUUUUUCAAAAACUGUAGCUUUUUUUAAGCUGUCGAAAUGAUGUAUGUAUCUGGCUGUAGAAAUGGAGAUAAUUUUCGAUUUUUUUAAGGCACAUUUUUUUUUGUGCAGUCCCUUUUAUUUAUCUACCACAUAAUAGUCUGAGGUUUUGUUUCUCUCUCUCUCACUCUCUCAUUUAAAUGGAAAUUAACCCAUAGCAGUCAGUUAAUGGAUAAAAAACUUUUUAAAAGAAAGAAAAAAAGGGCCUUUAUGGAAUCAACAAGGAGGCGCAAAGUAUAAAACUGCUGCUACUGAAUUCCUGAGAUCUUCCGUGUCAAGGAUUUAAGAUGUGGUUGAAUAGCUUGCCAAAUAUGUCACUAGCAACCUCCAUCUGAAUAAUAAUUAGUUGUCUAGGUUUCCGUGAUGAGAUGGUGAGACGUUAGUGUCUACUGGAAUGCACAUCAAUGAACUCAGUAAUCCAUGUUUAAUAAGGUCGUUAUGAUAUACUGAAACGUAUCUUUGCACAUGUACACAAUAAAUUGCAUUAUAAAAAAAACACGUUUUAAACCUUAGCGUGGAAAUUUUUUUUCUGCCUCUGUACGUUACAGCAACCGUAGAAUACCAAUGUCAGUGUCAGAUGAUCAUGCCUGCGUCAUGGAGUAAACAAGAGUUGUCUUUAGUUUCUUAAAGUCCCAAUGAAAAUUGUAGCGAAAAAUGACUUUACGUGCAAGGUUGGAGAGCCAUUAGAUUCAUUUCUGUAUACUUUUGUGAGUUUGUCUUCACUGACUUGUGUAUCUGACAGGAAGGGAUUUUAUGUGUAUGAGUGUGUGUAUGGAAGCUCAACAUGCACAUUGUUUGACGACAUGACAUGGUUAAAUGCCAGAGCUCAGUUAUGAGACUGAAACAAGUAAAGACACGAUAAUCACAUCAUGGGUCAGAUAACAGGUAAAGCCAGGCCUGGCGUUUAAUAAGGCAAUCAUCUGACAUAAUCAUCUUUGUGUGGGUGUCUCUUGAUAAUGCAGUCACUGUCAGAGUUUUGUGCUAGUUCUGAGAAGUACUGACCCUUUAUAUCAUGCUGAUAUCCCUCUUACCAUGUCUUCCCUUUCUUACAUUGUCCCAUUUGUGUACGCCAUCAGCCUUGCAGAUUUUGUUCAAUUACAGUAUUAGAAAUUGUAUAAGGAAAUAGAGAUUUUUUUUAGGGGGGGGGGGGUUCACUGCAGUAUCCCAAGGACUGUGGCAACUAACUCCAUAUCGUUUAUUUUUUAAAUUACUAUUUUUAAAACAAAAUUGCUUUCUUGACCUUCAAGGUCAAAAGCUGUAUUUAAAAGCAUGCAAAGAUACUCUUGUAUUGUGUAAAAAAAACAAGCACGCUGUCGAGAACACUAUCUCAGGAUAGACCUGGAUGGAGCUUCAAUCAUUCAGGUGCAUAUGUAAUGCAUUUACAUGUAUUGACCUAUUCACAGUUUGCUCAUUUUUUCCAUCAAACGUGUGAAGAACACAUACCAGCACUCAGCAAAGGCCAAACACUGAAUUACUGCCCUUUCCUGGCACAGCCAAGUGACAUGUGUUGCAUUUAUUUAUCCUGGUGGUCCUUUGUUUUUUGUGAAAAAAAUGCAAUCCAUUCUGUGCUUAUAAAGCUACGCUGCACCAUAAGAACGUGCUAAGUGAGAGAUUGUUAUGGACAAAUUCUUGUUUCCAAAGUAUUUUGUCCCUGAAGAGAAACUGUUGACAUAUUUAAAUUGCCUGGAGACUUUGCAAUGGAAAGGUUUAAGAUGUUAAGAAUGCUGAUUUUCUGAUCUGGCUUCUCAUUGAUGUGUGUUCCUGUUUGCGCUCGCUCUCUUUCCCCAAUUGACUGGUAUAAAUGUCUUAUUAAAAACAGAACCUCCUAUUCUGUAUCUAGCGAUGAACUUUUUUGGCCCCUCUCCUUAAAGCCAUCAAGGUGCUACAAUUAUUUACCCUUUAAGAUAUGUAGGUAAUACACAUAUAUAUAAUUUUUUAAAAAUUAGUUCCAUUUAAAUAGUUCAAAUGUAUACUAAGCGAGUAUAUUUUCAUUUAGCAAAUCUUAACACAGAUUAUUUCUUCACACUAAUUGUUGCUUUUCUGUUACUAAUUAUCCAUUCAUUCUUGCAAAACCUGAAGUCCUCCAGGGAGCUGUGCACUUUUCUGAAAAAAACUUUGUACUAUGCACGGCCCUAGUGAUUCUACACCCAACAUUACGUGUCACUUGAUCCCUUGUAUAAGAAUUACUUGUAAGUUCACUCUAGAUAUGUAUGUAAAUAACACCGAAUGAAUUUUUCAAGCGAAAGAGUGGAGAGUUUGCUACAAUGAGCAAUGGUGUUGGUGCCCUGAUAAACUCCGGAAAAUAACCGAAGGCUACAGAUUCUAUCAUAUCCAUCUGUCAUGUGACUUUGCCAUUCAAGCUUGGAGUGUCUUGAAUUUCGAAACAAAGUUUUUUAAAAAAAAGAUUGUGUUCACUGCUCUCAUUCCGAAUGCAUAGAUUGAAGAGAACAAAAUGUAAAAUGAAUUGUUCAAAGAAUCAUACAAUUACCUCUAAUUAGUAGUAAGCAUAAAUGUUUUACAAAUUGAAGGGCGUGCUUUUUAUUUUCUUACUUAGGUUACAUUGGUGGCGAAAAGUCUGUAAGAAAAUCAGUUCUUUGCUGACACAAGUUCCAUUUGUUACAAAUGAAUUCUAAUAAAAAUGUCAGUGUUAUGCA